AAAACGUGCAGCAGCUCGUCUAUGGAAGACUAACAACUAACACGAAGCCUCCGUCUUGCUGCGAUUUUGGAAUAUUUGGGGUCCCAGGAGUGCGCAGCCCACAGUCCUCUCUGCUGGAUAUGAAUCGCUGAUCUUCGUGGCGGAUGAGCAGAAUGUUUCUUCCUCUGCGUGCGUCAGAAAAUGAACACCGCUCCGUGUGACUCUGCGGGGACCAUGUAUCACCUGACGGCAGACCACCGACUCAACGGCAGCUGCAACUCUUCCUCGCCCGCGUCCAACUGGACAGCGGGGGCUGGCGCCCUGCAGCUGCCCACGUUCACCACAGCAGCCAAAGUCAGAGUGGUCCUCACCUGCAUCCUCUGCGGCAUAUCGGCCUUUUGCAACCUGGCUGUGCUGUGGGCGGCACGCAGCGAUGGGAAGCGUAAAUCCCACGUCAGGGUGCUGAUCAUCAACCUGACGGUGGCUGAUCUGCUGGUGACCUUCAUCGUGAUGCCCGUGGAUGCCGUGUGGAACAUCACGGUCCAGUGGCUUGCUGGGGACUUUGCCUGCAGGCUGCUGAUGUUUCUUAAGCUGCAGGCAAUGUACUCUUGCGCCUUUGUCACCAUGGUGAUCAGUCUGGAUAGGCAGUCGGCCAUCCUCAACCCUCUGGCUAUCAAUAAGGCCAGAAAGAGGAACAGAGUCAUGCUGACUGUGGCGUGGGGCAUGAGUGUGGUGCUGUCAGUCCCUCAGAUGUUUCUUUUUCACAACGUGACCAUCAUCCAGCCCGAGGACUUCACUCAGUGCACCACACGUGGAAGCUUCAUCACUCACUGGCAUGAAACGGCCUACAACAUGUUCACCUUUUCCUGCCUGUUCCUGCUGCCGCUGCUCAUCAUGAUCACCUGCUACACCAGGAUCUUCUGUGAGAUCUCCAAAAGACUGAAAAGGGACAACUUGCCCUCCAAUGAAGUGCAUUUGAGGUGUUCGAAGAAUAACAUCCCCAGAGCCCGCAUGAGAACUCUAAAAAUGAGUAUUGUGAUUGUCUCUUCCUUCAUUAUCUGCUGGACUCCAUACUACCUGCUGGGCCUGUGGUACUGGUUCUUCCCUGACGACCUGGAGGGGAAAGUCUCCCACUCGCUGACCCACAUCCUGUUCAUCUUUGGGCUCGUCAACGCCUGCCUUGACCCGGUCAUCUACGGCCUGUUCACCAUUCACUUCCGAAAGGGGCUCAGGAGGCAUCACUGCAACGCCGCCACAGCGUCCGACCUGGAUAAUAACACGGUUAUAACAGGAUCUUUCACUUGUGCUGCCAACUCUUUUUCACUGAAAACAGAGGUGAGCCCUGCCGGCCAGGACAGGUUUAUGUCGUGCAGUGAUGGCCACAACAAAGCAGAGUCAACGUCCCCAAGAAGCAGCUUUUUUACAGCAGGCAAUGAUGCAGAGAGCGAUUCUAAGCAGUGCAGCCCUGAGAGCAUCGUAUGA